UGCUUAGACAAUCUAAUGGAUGAAGAUGAGAAAGACAGGGCAAAGAGGGCUUCGCGUAACAAGUCUGAGAAGAAGAGGCGCGAUCAGUUCAAUGUACUCAUCAAAGAGCUCAGUUCCAUGCUUCCAGGCAACACUCGCAAAAUGGACAAAACUACUGUACUGGAAAAAGUCAUCGGCUUUCUGCAGAAACACAACGAAGUCUCAGCACAGACGGAGAUUUCUGAAAUUCAGCAAGACUGGAAGCCUUCAUUUCUCAGCAACGAAGAAUUCACCCAGCUGAUGUUGGAGGCAUUAGAUGGCUUCAUUAUAGCAGUAACCACAGGUGGAAGCAUCAUCUAUGUGUCUGACAGCAUCACACCUCUUCUAGGGCAUUUACCGUGUGAUGUCUUGGAUCAGAAUUUGUUAAAUUUCCUCCCAGAACAAGAACAUUCAGAAAUUUAUAAGAUGUUAUCUUCUUGUAUGCUUAUGACAGAUUCUGCCUCAUCGGAUUACCUAAAAACUGACAAUGAACUAGAGUUUUAUUGUCAUCUUCUGAGAGGAAGUUUGAACCCAAAGGAAUUUCCAACAUAUGAAUACAUAAAAUUUGUAGGAAAUUUUCGGUCUUACAGCAAUGUGCCUAACUCUACUUGCAAUGGCUUUGACGAGGCUGUCCCAAGGGCUUACAGAACAUCCCCGGGAAAGCAGAUCUGUUUUGUUGCAACCGUUCGUUUGGCAACGCCUCAGUUUUUAAAGGAGAUGUGCAUUGUGGAAGAACCUCUAGAGGAAUUCACAUCAAGACACAGUCUGGAGUGGAAAUUUUUAUUCCUGGAUCACAGAGCGCCGCCGAUUAUAGGAUAUUUGCCUUUUGAAGUGCUGGGUACUUCUGGCUACGACUAUUACCAUAUAGAUGACCUAGAACUGCUCGCAAGGUGCCACGAACACUUGAUGCAGUUUGGCAAAGGGAAGUCGUGCUGCUAUCGGUUUCUGACCAAAGGACAGCAGUGGAUCUGGCUCCAGACCCAUUACUAUAUCACCUACCACCAGUGGAACUCCAAGCCAGAGUUUAUUGUGUGCACACACAUGGUGGUAAGUUAUGCAGAUGUUCGGGUGGAGAGGAGACAGGAGAUGGGCUUGGUAGAAGUGUCCUCAGAGGUUGUGUCCUCAGCACUAAAGGACAGUGGCACCAGCUUGGAUCCUGAACAGCACUUUAAUGCACUUGAUAUUGGUGCCUCAAUCCUCAGUGCUAGUCGGACACCCUCAGUAUCAUCCAGAAGCUCACCAAAAUCUUCCCAUACACCCAAGUCAGACCCUGCAUCUACACCAACAAAGCUGAUUGCAGAGUCUAACACUCCCUUGCCAAGAACACCAAGCACACAGCAGGAUUUAUCCGUGCACAGACUCAGUCAGCCUACUACUCUUCAGGUGUCUUUGCCUUCUCAGCCUCCAUGUGAGCUUCUCCCACAGCAGCUGCUGCCUCAAGCAACUCUGCAAAGUCAGCCUGCACCUCUGGCACAGUUCUCAGCACAGUUCAGCAUGUUCCAGACCAUCAAGGACCAGCUAGAGCAGCGGACCCGGAUCCUGCAGGCCAACAUCCGGUGGCAGCAGGAGGAGCUCCAGAAGAUACAGGAGCAACUCUGCCUCGUCCAGGACUCCAGCGUACAGAUGUUCCUACAGCAGCCGAUGGUGUCCCUGAGCUUUAGCAAUACUCAGCAGCCAGAGCCUCAACAGCUACAGCAGAGGUCAGGGGCCAUUUCUCAGCAGCAGCUUGUCCCCAGUCCUCAACUUCAAGGGCAAAUUGCAUCUUCGCAAACUACGAACCAGCAAGCACUGAGAGAAGCAAGCGUGGUAUCAAGCCAG